AUGAGCGUUCGGAGCCAGUUGAUGUUGGGCAAAGUGAUUACGGCUGCAGUCAAUAACUCAGUCAAAGUGCAGGUGACGCAGUACGUUCUGAACAAACACUUGAUGUGCCAUUUCAAGGAAAGAACUGACUACGAAGUGUUGGAUGAAAAACUUCGAACGAAGCUCGGAGAUUGGGUGCUUUUGGAGAAGUUGCCCGAGAAGCACAGUCUCACUAUCGACUACAAAGUCAAGGACAUCGUCUGGAUGAUGGGGAACAUUAUCGAUCCCAUAACCGGCAAGAAAUGCGUGAAAACCGAUUUCGAAGAAGAUCUCGACCGGGAAGCUGAACUCAUGGGAGGGAAACCCUUCCACCAGAGAUUAGCCGAAUUCAGAGCGAAGAAGGCAGAAUAGUUUUUGUAAAUUUAACUCCACCGUUGUACAGAGAAUAAACUCAGUUCUU